CACACAUCCACCCCAGAACCAUGGGUCUACCUGCCUUGGAAUUUAGUGACUGCUGUUUGGACAGCCCUCAGUUCCGAGAGAGGCUGAAGUCUCACGAAGCUGAACUGGACAAGACCAACAAGUUCAUCAAGGAGCUCAUAAAAGAUGGGAAGUCGCUCAUUGCAGCCCUUAAGAAUCUGUCUUCAGCAAAGCGGAAGUUUGCAGAUUCUUUGAACGACUUCAAAUUUCGAUGUAUAGGAGAUGCAGAAACAGAUGAUGAAAUAUGCAUAGCAAAAUCCCUGCAAGAGUUUGCUGCUGUUCUUAGAAAUUUAGAAGAUGAGCGCAUGCGCAUGAUUGAGAAUGCUGGUGAGGUCUUAAUCACACCACUGGAGAAAUUUCGUAAGGAGCAAAUUGGUGCUGCUAAGGAAGCCAAGAAAAAAUACGACAAGGAGACGGAGAAAUAUUGUGGUGUGUUAGAAAAGCACUUAAACCUGUCUUCCAAGAAGAAGGAAUCCCAACUUCAAGAGGCAGACAGCCAGGUGGACCUGGUUCGACAGCACUUCUAUGAAGUCUCCCUUGAGUAUGUCUUCAAAGUACAAGAAGUUCAAGAGAGGAAGAUGUUUGAAUUUGUGGAACCACUGCUGGCAUUUCUGCAAGGACUAUUCACAUUCUACCACCAUGGCUAUGAGCUUGCAAAGGAUUUCAGCGAUUUCAAGACGGAGCUGACAAUUAGCAUACAAAAUACAAGAAAUCGCUUUGAAGGCACAAGAUCAGAGGUUGAGUCCUUGAUGAGGAAGAUGAAGGAGAAUCCCCACGAGCACAAAAACAUCAGCCCUUUCACAAUGGAAGGCUAUCUCUAUGUCCAGGAAAAGCGUCAUUUUGGAACAACAACUUGGGUGAAGCAUUAUUGUACAUAUCACAGUGAAUCUAAACGAAUAACUAUGGUGCCUUUUGACCAGAAGUCUGGUGGAAAGGGGGGAGAUGAUGAAACCAUUAUUCUCAAAUCAUGCACACGUCGAAAAACUGAUUCCAUAGAGAAAAGAUUUUGCUUUGAUGUAGAAGCAGUGGAUCGGCCUGGGGUGAUCACAAUGCAGGCGCUUUCUGAAGAAGAUCGAAGGCUCUGGAUGGAGGCCAUGGAUGGCCGGGAACCGGUCUAUAACUCGAACAAAGACAGCCAAAGUGAAGGCACUGCCCAGCUGGAUAUUAUGGGCUUCAGUAUUGUCAAGAAAUGCAUUCAUGCUGUUGAAACAAGAGGGAUCCAUGAGCAAGGACUCUAUAGAGUGGUUGGUGUCAACUCCAGAGUUCAAAAGCUAUUGAGUAUCUUAAUGGAUCCCAAAACCGCCGAAACAGAAGAUGACAUCUGUGCUGAGUGGGAGAUUAAAACAAUCACCAGUGCACUGAAAACAUACUUAAGAAUGCUCCCUGGACCACUCAUGAUGUAUCAGUUUCAAAGAAGCUUCAUCAAAGCAGCAAAACUGGAGAAUCAAGAAUCUCGAACCUCGGAGAUCCAUACCUUAGUACACAGGCUCCCUGAGAAAAAUAGGCAGAUGCUCCAUUUACUCAUGAAUCACUUGGCAAACGUUGCUGAGAACCACAAACAGAAUCUAAUGACUGUUGCAAACCUGGGGGUUGUUUUUGGACCAACGUUAAUGCGGCCGCAAGAAGAAACGGUUGCUGCGAUUAUGGACAUCAAAUUCCAAAAUAUUGUGGUUGAGAUUUUAAUUGAAAACCAUGACAAGAUAUUCAACACCGUUCCAGAUACACCACAAUCAAAUUCUCAGCUGCUUUUGUCUCGAAAGAAGAGUACAGAUUCCAAGCCACCAUCAUGCAGUGAGAGGCCCUUAACUCUCUUCCAUACUCUCCAACCCAGUGAAAAGCAGGAGAACAGGAACAGUAUCAUCAACUCCAGCCUGGAAUCAGUCACAUCAUCGAACAUCAACAGUUUCCUCCAUUCCAACAGCACUCCUCAGUCUAACAUGAACUCCAGUGACCCUGACUUAGAAGUUGUUAAACCCAACAGGCCAAACUCACUCCCUCAGAAUCCAAGUCCAACGUCACCCCUUUCACCGUCCUGGCCUAUGUUCUCCGCACCAUCCAGCCCUAUGCCCACCUCCUCUACGUCCAGCGACUCAUCCCCCAUCAGUUCUCCAUUCCGCAGAGCCAGAGCACUCUAUGCUUGCAAAGCAGAGCACGACUCAGAACUCUCUUUUACUGCAGGCACCAUAUUUGAUAAUGUUCAUCCAUCUCAAGAGCCUGGCUGGUUGGAAGGAACCUUGAAUGGAAAAAUAGGAUUGAUCCCUGAGAACUAUGUGGAGUUUCUAUAACUAUGGACCCAUUCACACACAACAUUGCUGAGCUUUACAUGGUAUCCAUGACAACUGCCGAUUAGAGUAUUGUAGAUCAUUUGCUGUUUGCCACUGUGAAAAGAAAGGUGAAGGACUCUGGUGCCUGUUCAGAUGAAUGUUUAUGUAAAUAAUGUAUGUUGCUCCUUAUGUAAUGCAUUGUUUGUACAGAGACACUGCAGGUGGAUUUGAGAGGGGGGAGGGGGAGGAACUUCAGCAGAGAUUGUUCCGCUCUUCUACAAAAGGUGUGCACCCACUUUCUAAAUUGUGUUUUGUUUUAGAGGGCACGGUAUUAGCAAGGUGUGUGUGUGUAAAUGUGGCUUAAAAUGAUUGCUUGAUACCAAGCCCCAUUUAACUGGAAUUACUUGCACAAAAUCACAAAAAGUCUUUGCGGGACUGAUCUGUUGGUGCCCUCUCGGGUAACAUCCAGGGAAUGCUAGAUGAACAAAAAUUAGACCCCCUGCGCUUUCCUCUAGCUGGCCAAAAUAAACCUCCAAUUUGCUUGGAGGAAACCAUGUCUGUUCAUUUUAUCUUCAGGAAGGUGAAAAUAAUGUUUAUAUACAUCAAGGCACUAAUGGCUUUCUUCUGCAGAGAUUAGCCAUCCUGGACAGCAAUCAACACAUAAAUAAUUCCAAUAAUGAGAACUGCUUCACUACAUAGACAAAAAACAACAACAGUACAGCAGUUGCAUUACAGUAAUGCUUUUAACUUUUUAAUGUCCAAGCAAGACACACAACAGAAUCUGAAUGUUUUUCCAGAGUGUGUGUAGCAACUGUGAUCCCAAAAAAUAUCCAUCAGCAGUAUGAAGAAUAUAAUGUUUUGGACCAAAGUUCAUAAAGGCUU